GAUCCUGCUCGCCGAGGCCUCGCAGCGCGCGCCCGCAGCCUCCGGCAUUGUGCUGGACGCCGGGCUGGCAUCUACCAUAUGGGGGGGAUCCGGGCCAAACCAAGUGACCGGCGGAGGGGGGACCCAGACGGGGAUUCCCGGGUCACAGCUUCGAUGCCGCCGGCCCUUGGGCGCCCAGUGCUAUGUGCUGCACGUCUGCCGGCCAUGCUUGGGGGAGGGAGCCGGGUCUGAAGGCGCUGUCUAAGGGUCGCCCCGCCUCCGAACGACGGUGCCCAAGACCGGAGGGGGCGGGGGCGAGGUUUUUGGGGCUGGACGGGUCUGAGGAUCCCCUCCGCUACAGAUCACCACAUAGAGCCUCAGAUUGAAGAAUAGGAGCUCUGGAAAAUAAGGUUGUCCAGGUUCGGCUUGUGUGUGUUUGGGAAGGUGAUUGAAAGGGUGGGCAGAGAUUGCCCAGGUCUGAGGAGACCAGUGCCUACGUGGAGAGAUGGUGCGGGUCGCCUGGAUUCGAUUCUUACAACUUCCUCUUCCCCCGCCCCGGUAGAUGGGAGCUGCUCCCUGGGGGCUGAGCUUGUCAGCAUCCUCCAACAGCCCUCGCUCCUGAAGUUAGAGAAGAGCCCCUGCCCACCUGCAUCCCCCUUGUCCCGUUUUGUGGUCGCCUCCGUCGAUCCGGUCCUUAGUCCUAGUGGCCAGCUAGUCCGACAAAGUAGCAGGACGAUGAUUCUGGCGUCGGUGCUGGGCAGUGUCCCCCGGAGCGGGCCUCCGCUCCGUCCCUUCCUGGGGCCCGCACUCUUGCUCCGGGCCUGCUCCACUUCAGCCACGGACACGCACCACGUGGAGAUGGCGCGGGAGCGCUCCAAGACCGUCACCUCUUUUUACAACCAGUCGGCCAUCGACGUGGCAGCGGAGAAGCCCUCAGUCCGCCUCACUCCGACCAUGAUGCUCUAUUCGGGCCGUUCUCAGGAUGGCAGCCACCUUCUGAAAAGUGCCCGGUAUUUGCAGCAAGAGUUGCCAGUGAGGAUUGCUCACCGCAUCAAGGGCUUCCGCAGCCUUCCUUUCAUAAUUGGCUGUAACCCCACCAUACUGCAUGUGCAUGAGCUGUACAUCCGUGCCUUCCAGAAGCUGACAGACUUCCCUCCGAUCAAGGACCAGGCGGAUGAGGCCCGAUACUGCCAGCUGGUACGUCAGCUGCUGGACGACCACAAGGACGUGGUGACCCUCUUAGCUGAGGGCCUGCGUGAGAGCCGGAAGCACAUAGAGGAUGAGAAGCUCGUCCGCUACUUCUUGGACAAGACACUGACAUCAAGGCUUGGGAUCCGCAUGUUGGCCACACAUCAUCUGGCACUGCAUGAGGACAAGCCUGACUUUGUCGGCAUCAUCUGUGCUCGUCUCUCGCCAAAGAAGAUUAUUGAAAAGUGGGUGGACUUUGCCAGACGCCUGUGUGAGCACAAGUACGGCAAUGCCCCCCGCGUCCGCAUCAAUGGACAUGUGGCUGCCCGAUUCCCCUUCAUCCCUAUGCCACUGGACUACAUCCUGCCUGAGCUGCUAAAGAAUGCCAUGAGAGCCACGAUGGAGAGUCACCUAGACACCCCCUACAACGUCCCGGAUGUGGUGAUCACCAUUGCUAACAACGAUAUAGAUCUUGUCAUCAGGAUUUCCGACCGGGGCGGGGGAAUUGCCCACAAAAACCUGGAGCGGGUCAUGGACUACCACUUCACUACAGCCGAGUCCAGCACCCAGGACCCCCGCAUCAACCCACUCUUUGGCCACCUGGACAUGCACAGUGGCGGCCAGUCAGGACCCAUGCAUGGCUUUGGCUUCGGGCUGCCCACAUCACGGGCCUACGCGGAGUACCUGGGUGGUUCUCUUGGGCUGCAGUCCUUGCAGGGCAUUGGCACUGACGUCUACCUGCGGCUCCGUCACAUCGAUGGCCGGGAGGAAAGCUUCCGCAUCUGACCUCACAGUCCCUGACUUGCUCACCUGCCAGGCCUGGGCCACACACCCUGCUAGGACCUGGGCCAGGCAGGGUGCCACCCUGCUCCACACGCUGCUGCAUCUUGGGUCUUAGGACCACAAACAGAUGGACUUCCAUGGAGCCGGUGCCAGUUCAUCAGGGAUUACUGCUUCCCUGCCUCCAGGCCUCAGAGGGGAGGACGUGGGGACCCUGGAGGCCUCCAGCACCAGCUCCAUCAUUCUUGUUCCUGGGGAACCCCAUUUUGACCUGCUGUUUGUUAUUAAAGUUCACAUUUUUGAAUGCCCUCUUGGGCCCUGUAUGUGGACA